AACCGUUAUUCUUUGAAGUUGGCACAUUGUGAAAUAUUCAGGAGUAAAAACGGAAUAUAUAAACUGAUUUUGGGAAAGCAGAGUGACUGUUUUCUCCUGUAUGAUACAUGUGGUGAUGAUUUAAGAAUGCCAGUAAAGAGCCUUCUCGAAUGACACAGCCCUCAAAUGUUCUGUUGCACAGAUGAACAACUGGAUUUGUCAAUUUUGUCUCCAAAGCCUGGAAAAGAAGUCAAGAUGGCUUAUUUAAUGAAUCCAGAAUCAUCCAGUCCAUGUUUUUCCAGAAAGGUAGUUUUUAGGUUGACACUGAAGGUGUAAUGAUUUCUGGUUUUCUUUCUCUCUCUUUUUUUUUUUUUUUUUUUUGCAGUAUUGUUUCUCUCUAUCUCUGCACAUAUACUGCACACGCAGUGUAUAUUUUGACUGCAUAUGCUACCUCUCAGUUUGUUUGCUUAAGAGGCUUCAUCAGCUGAGCUUGCUCUGCAUAGACCACAGAGGCGCUGUCCAUGGUGCUGCAGUUAUGCGCCUCUGAGAGUCUUUGUAUGGAGGAGGGGGUACUGUAUAGCUUACUGUAUGUAGAAAUAUAUAUAUUAAUAUUGUUAUGUAACAAUAUAUCACCCCCUGACGUCUGAGACAAACGGUUUGGCUUCAUAAAUAUACUUUGAUGUGAUAAACUUAUUGUAAGACACUGGCAGAAACAAGCGAGGUAUGAGUCCAGUGAUGCCAAAAAAAAUUGCAAAAUAAAAUGCAUAUGUGUGUAUAAAUGACGUCAUUUGCUAUAUUUGCUGAUAACUAAACUACGUUCGACACAUGUCACCAAUAUUCACAAGCAGCCACAUUUGCAUUGCUUUCUUCAAAGCAACGUUAAAGCAUGUGAAACGCUCAGGUAACCAUCAUCAUCUGCGGCAGCUUAAUAAUGCCUGUUUUAUUUUUUUUUAUUUAUUUGCGUGGUUGUUUAACCAACAGUUAUCCGACGGGAGCUCUGACUUAAUAAAUAAUUAAAGUGGACGGAGGGGAGCUGCAGCUGAUUUGCUGAUGUCAGGGAGCCAGUGCAGCAUUUCAUGGUGCAGGGUGUAAACGCGCGGUGCCAUCAGCCUCGAUCGGUGCUCUCUGUAAACCUCACACAUGCAAGCCCGGCAAGAAAGAUGCUGCCAACUCUCAAGAUUUGGGCAUUGCUUUCUGUGUCGCUUUGCUUCUUCUCUCAACCGGGUCAUUUGAAGAAAGCUUUCCGAUGUCCUUCAACAUGCAGCUGCUCCAGGGAGUCUAUCAUUUGCGUCGGGUCCUCCUAUGUCCCAAGGAUUUCCCCCAACGACAUCAAUUCUUUGAGUAUCGUCAAUGGGACUUUCUCCGACGUCAAAGAGGCAAUGUUUUCCCACAUGCCAUCUCUCCAGCUACUGCUUUUGAAUUCAAAUUCUCUCACAACUGUACGGGAUGAUGCAUUCUCAGGCCUUCCACAUCUGGAAUAUUUGUUCAUUGAGAGUAAUAAGAUUGAGACUGCGUCCAAAUAUGCCUUCAGAGGACUCAGGGACUUGACUCACUUGUCUUUGGCAAACAAUAACAUUAAAUCUUUGCCGAGGGACAUCUUCAUUGACUUGGACUCACUGAUAGAGUUGGACCUCCGAGGCAAUGCCUUUGAGUGUGAUUGCCGUGCCAAGUGGCUGAUGAUGUGGCUGAAGAACACCAAUGCCACAGUGUCGGAUGUCGUGUGUGCUGGACCAGAGGACAUGAAGGACAAGCGCCUCAAUGAUAUGACUAGCCUACACAACGAAUGCAUCUCAACAGAUUUCGUCCUACAUCAGUCUGUGGCAUCUGAGUCUCUGUCUGUUGACACAUUCAGCUAUAAGAAUGAUGUCUAUGUGACUAUUGCUGCUCCCAGCACAGACAGCUGUAUGGUUUUCCAAUGGGACCACAUAGAAAUGAACUUCAGGACGUAUGAUAACAUCACAGGUCAGUCGAUUGUGGGGUGCAAGUCAGUUGUCAUCCAGGAUCAGGUGUUUGUCAUCGUGGCACAGCUCUUUGGUGGUUCCCACAUCUACAAGUUCGAUGAGGACCAAAGCAGGUUCAGCAAGUUUCAGGACAUUGAGGUGUCCAAGAUCUCCAAGCCGAAUGACAUUGAGGCAUUCCAGAUUGGUUCUGACUGGUUCUUUGUGAUUGCUGACAGUUCAAAAGCGGGCUUGUCCACCCUCUACAAAUGGAACGAUAAGGGCUUUUAUUCAUACCAGUCACUGCAUGAGUGGUACCGUGACACAGAUGCAGAGUUCUUGGACUUGGAUGGGAAGGCCCACCUUAUUUUGGCAAGCCGCUCGCAGGUCCCAGUGAUCUAUCAGUGGAGCCGGAGCAACCAGAAGUUUGUCCUGCAGGGCGAGAUCCCCAACAUGGAGGAUGUUGUAGCUGUAAAGCACUUUCGGAUCAAGGAAGAACUCUACCUGGCUAUGACACGCUAUAUUGGAGACUCAAAAGUUCUGCGUUGGGGUGCCAAACAGUUUGCAGAGAUCCAAGCCUUGCCCUCACGAGGCUCCAUGAUUCUCCAGCCGUUCUUUUUCAAAGACCGUUACUACCUGGCCCUGGGAAGCGAUUACACCUUCUCACAGAUCUACCUGUGGGAUGAUGAAAAGAAACUCUUUGACCGCUUCAAGGAGGUGUACAUCCAGGCACCGCGCUCCUUCACUGUGGUUUCCACUGACCGCAGGGACUUCAUCUUCACCUCUAGCUUCAAGGGAAACACACAGAUCUUUGAGCACAUCAUCAUUGACUUAAGCUUGUGAGGGGCUGUGCCUUAUUGCCCGUCCUGCAAUCGAACGUCUUCCACUAAAAAGAUACAUUUGUGAAGGGAAAAGAAAAGACGAGAACAGACUUAAUGAACUGUCAAAUAUAACUUCCUACAUAGUUUUCUGUUACAAAUAAGAGCUGGGUCAGGUAGUGUUUGGAAUCAUUUUAGUUUCUUAAGGUGUCUUGACUAUUUCUCAAUGGCCUUUUAUCUCUUAUUAUUUUUUCUCAUGGCCUCUCAGACUUUCAGAGAUACUACCAUUUCACAAGGUGUGAGAGUGAGAGUCAAGUAAGGUGGCAGUUGUAUAAUGCAGCUGAUAAUUCUGCUAAAAAUCCAGCUAUGGGUGGAAAGAUUUAAAAUCAAAUUUCAUGUAUUUGGAUGUAUAGAUUUCAGUUUAAUAUCCCCUAUGUUAAUGGUUUUGUACCCCCCAAAAACAUACACCAGGACCUGAGAGAAAGAUAAUUUUACUACUGAGGGUGUAAAAGGUGUGGUUGCCACUUACCUCAUGUCCUCUUACCCUGUGGUAAUGUACAGUAUGUUGCCUUAUCAGCACUGGGGUUCUGUGCUCUGAUGGGCCCACAGUGCCUCCCUCUGGCCGUGAUAAAGUAUCACACCCCUUUGCUUAUUCCAUACAGGGAAUGUCUUGAAAGCACAAACCUUUAAUUAUAAUAGCUGAGACCCCAGCCCUUAGAGUGUAGUUGUUAAGUGGAAAAUGUUACUGUAGGUGCUAUAGAUUAUAUUGCGUACAGUAAAAAAA